AUGGGGCCCCCUUCUAAGGAACCUUUAACUCACAAUGAGAUUUGGGAUGAUUCAGCUCUCGUGGAUUCAUGGAACGAUGCGCUAAGAGAAUACGAGAAAUACCACAGCAUUCACAGGAACGGAGGUAAUGUGGAAGAUCUUCUGAAAUCCAACCAGACGUCUUCGGACGCCAAGAAUGGGACUGAAGAAGGCCGCAAUAGCCGUAGCCCUCGUCCUCCCAAAACAGAAUCCGAAAUGAGAGGAGAUGCUGAUAAUGGAAGACAAGAGGACGGAACGUCAACUUCCCAGCAUAGCCAUCCGCUUGGUGGAGGUCCCGGUCCUGAAGGGCUGCUAGGUUCAGUGCGCGAUGAGGGGCUCAAGAGACUACUGAUGUCUUGGUACUACGCAGGUUACUACACCGGCUUCUACGAAGGCCAACGAGCUUCUCCCCAACAACGAAAUUCGGAAUCAUGA